AUGACGCAAAUAGAUGACAUAAAAAGCCGGGUAGAUAUCGUAGAGUUGGUCGCCUCGUAUGUAAACCUGCAGCGGUCUGGAAAUUCCUACAAGGCCAACUGCCCGUUCCACCAGGAGAGGACGCCAUCUUUCUACGUGUUUGCCGACCGUCAAUCCUGGCGCUGCUUCGGCGCCUGCGCCGAGGGCGGGGAUGCGCUGUCGUUCGUGAUGAAGGCGGAACGGCUGGAUUUUCGGGAAGCGCUGCACCGUCUGGGCGCCCGGGUGGGAGUGGUUAUAGAGGACCGGAACACCAGCGGGGUGGGCGAUCAGCUGUAUCAGAUCAACGACGCCGCCCGGCGAUAUUUCCAGCGAUUGCUGGAUGAACCGGAGGGCAAAUUCGUCAGGGAUUAUCUGGCUGACCGCGGCCUCAACGAUCAGACGAUCCAGAUGUUUGAAUUGGGGUACAGCCCGCCUCGGGACAAUCGCCUGCUGGCGCACCUGACCGAAGUCGGCCACACCAGGGAGCUGGUUGCCCAGGCCGGGUUGGCCCGGGAAACGGAUGAUGGCCGAUACUACGAUCUUUUCCGGGGUCGAUUGAUUAUCCCCAUACGCGACUGGUCGGGUCGGGUGGCCGGUUUCGGCAGUCGCGCCCUCAACGCGGAUGCGGUGGCCAAGUACCUGAACACGCCGCGAACGCCGGUGUUCGACAAGUCAAGGAUUCUCUACGCCAUGCACCUGGCCAAGGAGCCGGUGAGGCAGAAGGGCGUGGUGGUUGUUGAAGGAUACAUGGAUGCCAUCAUGGCGCACCAGCAUGGGUUCGACAACGUGGUCGCAUCGAUGGGUACGGCGGUAACUGAGCAGCAGGUGGCGCUGGUGCGCCGGCUCACGACUCACGUUACGAUGGCGCUGGACGGCGAUCCGGCGGGGCGCAACGCCACGCUGCGCAGCCUGGAAUCGUCGUGGGGAGUGUUCCAGCAACGCAAUGCCCGGGCAUCGCAGGCCGGAGCGGUUUCGGUGCUGCAGCGAUCAGAAGCCAUGGAGAUGCUGGUGGCGGAGUUGCCGUCGGGUCAGGACCCGGAUGACUUCAUACGCGCUACACCGCAGGAAUGGCCGGCGUUCGUGGCCGGGGCGUCCCCGCUGUUUGAGUACUUGCUGGCUUCGUUGUCGGCCCGUGCCGACCUGAACAAUGCCGACGACAAGGCGUGGGUGGCUCAAACCAUGCUUCGCUUUGUGGCGCAGGUGCCGGAUGCGAUUCGCCGGGACCUUUACCUGGAUGAACUGUCGGUGCGCCUGCGGGUCAACAGCGAGACCUUGCGUUCGGCCAUGAGGACGGUGGGCCGAAGUCCGGGUCGCCGGGCAGGUGGCGAAACGCCGCCAGCUACGGCGGACGCGGCAACGCCGGCUCCAAGCCGCACGGAAGACGUAGCCGAGGAAUACUGCCUGGCAAUGCUGCUGCAGCACUGGGACGAACUGGGACCGGAAGCUGCCAUUGCAGUGUCCGCCGACUGGUUCGAGCGCUCAGAGCACCGGGAAAUCUAUCGCAGCAUCCUGAGGGCGCGAUCCGGGGGUGAGAAUGGGUCCGAUGGCGGGGAGAUGGCCGAGAUACUGGUUGCGCCGGAGGUCGAAUCUCAUCUGAAUCUACUACGCGCACGGGAAUUGAUGCUGGCGAGCACAUCCAGACUGGAACAGGCCUGGAAACAGAUUAGACUUGGAAUCGAGAAGGAAUUCCUGAACAAAGAAAUCUCCCAGCUGCUGACAGUGCUUCAGGAUGAAGCGGAUUGGGAGUCGCCCGCCGCCAGGCAGGUGCAAGCUGGAAAAGAGCGGGUUCGCGAAAUCAACCAGGAAUUGGCCGGUGUUACCUAG